AUGGCUGCCAUUUGCGGAAUAAAACCCUGGAUUGGAAUACAUAGGAACGACACAGCCGCCUACCUCAAUGAUAUGAUACUCGUAACUGUCAACGUAUCUCUUGCCAUAUUUGCAUUUCUUAGUAACCUGUUCAUCAUUGUCACAGUAAUCAAGACCCCCUCCUUACAAAAGCCGUGCAACAUUUUGCUGAGUAACCUGGCCUUUGCAGAUUGCCUCACGGGAGUUAUCGUCCAGCCCAUGUUUAUUGUGUGGCGACUUAUUCUUCAAAGAGCCCGGCAGUCAUGUCUACAUCAAGUUCUGGUGUUUGAUAUGUAUUACACUUUACAAUUGCUGACCGUUGGUUUAUCAUUUGUCAACGUUAUAAUUAUCAGUUUUGAUCGCCACUAUGCGUUGGACAGACCUCUGGUGUAUAUAACUCGCGCCACUAAAAAAGGUGGGUCUUUUACUUGAGUCGUUUAAUAAAUAAAGCCUCUCAGAGGAAAAGAUAUAUGGACAAUUUCACUGUAAGUAACUAUAGUUACUAAGGGUAUAAUAGAGUUCUAACUAGUCCAGGAUUAAGGCAUUUAAUCGAAGAGCUAGAAUGUUUUACCCAAGAUCGCGCGCUCUCAUUGGUUACUUGGAGGUCACAUGACACCUAGGCCUAGAAAUAGACUGUUUCCCGCCAAAAGUGUCUGAGUGGAUACAACUGCAAAAUGUAUGAAAUCAGUGACCGCUUGCUGAUGUUUACUUUCAAAAAUUUGUUCACGUAGAAGAUUUUCCUUCGUGUGGUAUAUUUCACGCAGGGAAACAAGUUAAUUAUAUUUCUCUUCAAUCUCAAUGUUUACCUCGGCUCAUCCGUGUAAGUCAAAGCAAUAGAUACUUUUUUCAUGUUACAAAGUCGAUAAAGGGUUUCAUAUACGAUUCAAGAGACAUUCAUUGCCUUAAACGCACUUCUUGCCGGUACCGGUGUUAAGUUUAGGAAAAGUUCGUCUCCGGAACAAACGUGGAUCUUCAAAUGCCAUGAACUAAACUAAUAAAUUAAAAAUUUGUACAAAUGAAUGAUAAAUAUUUAGCCUCGUUCGGGUGAAAGUUCGACGUCCAAUAGAUGUUCUUAGCUUAAUUUUGUUCGACCCAGAUUAGAAUUUGGUGUCUUAUGAAAAGUUCGACCUUUGGCCUUAAGGCCUUGGAUACCUUUACUCAGUAAUAAGGCCUGGGUCUACCACUUGUUUGCUCUAAAAUGUAAGGGGUAGUCUAUCUUUGAAAGAAAAUGUGUGGUAGGUUUGCAGACUUCGUCAUUCCAUUAAUUAUCUUUGUUUAGAUAGUAUUUUUGAAAUUGACAUAACCAUGGUAACGUGUUGCGUGACCAAGUAACGCUUCACAUCUGUAUUUUUUCUUUACAGUCAAACCAGGUCAAGCGUUCCCGUCGCUGACAAACUAAUAAAUUCAUUAAUGGAAAAAGAUUUCGUUUGUUGAUUCUAUAAUCCAUUCAUAAAAUGAAUAAUCCAACAGUCAACUUGUACCUCGAUUCAAUAAUCAAAUGUUNCGUUCCCGUCGCUGACAAACUAAUAAAUUCAUUAAUGGAAAAAGAUUUCGUUUGUUGAUUCUAUAAUCCAUUCAUAAAAUGAAUAAUCCAACAGUCAACUUGUACCUCGAUUCAAUAAUCAAAUGUUGAUUUGGUUUAUGAACAAAAUCUACCUGUUCUUUAUUCUUGUCUGUUGCGUUCAAUCGUAUUUGCUUCCCUUUUCCUGCCGUUUACGAUUGCGUUUUUCAUUGCCUUUAAUCAAAAUUACAGCUAGAAAAGACAGACCGCAAACGCAAAGAAACUGACAAAGGCCGAGGAUCGAAAUCCACCAAUCACCACACAUACACUGACCUCAGUUUGACCGAUGUGUUUUCUAAGAGGUCAGGCCUAGGUCUGUUGCACUGAUUACUGGCGGCAAACUGGCGUACAUGUAACAGUUUGUUUGGGUUUGAACUUCAGAACCCGCCGGCACUCUACUCUCACAAAAAAGAAAAAACAAAAUUCUGAGGUCAACUUGUGGAAAGUGUAGUUUUUCAAAAAACAGUAAUCGAAUCAACAUUCGAUUGUGGAAUGGCUAAAUAUGAAUACUGGAUUGUUCAUUUUAUGAAUGGAUUAUUGAAUCAACAAACGAAAUCAUUUUUCCUUGAAUGAAUUCAUUAGUUCGUUAGCGACAGGAACGCUUGACCUGGUUUGACUGUAAGGAUUCUGGAGGCAGGGUAAAAAUACUAUUACUGAGAAUUUUUGUGGUGUUGUUUUUACCUAUCUGAAGUACUUUCCAAAUGUAACUGGAAUGGUGGUAUGCCUACCCUUGAUGAAUGUUUUCCGGCUGUCACGUGACAGAAAAAAUCGUUACAUUUUAUUGACUAAGUGACCUGGACACUCCUUCCACUUAGUUUCGUGUACAUCCUGAUACGCAAAACACUUUUCACGCAUUUUUUUUUAAGAUAAGUGUGAAUACGUACUCCUGCAGCUGGCCUGAAGAUAAAUAUGGUAAUUCGAUACCUAAAUGAGUCACGUGACCCCUAUUGUGACAACUUUCAAUUAGACUUAACCUUUACAACAUGUUUCAGCUUUUACCUUAGUUUCGUAUCAAUAUGUUGCACAUUUACAGAGAUAGACUACCCCCUUCAUUUUUUCUUGUAAUUUACGUGCCUUAAUUGACCCAGUCCUUAAUAUUCCAUUUCUAUAUUAGGUCUGUAAGCACCGCGAGGACGGCAUCAAGAUCGUCACAAAAUAGUUUGUUUACGAGCAAAAGAACGGCUCGGCACGCGCAUGCUGUUACAUUUCUUGAACAUUGAUUGGCUGACUACGACGUGAACCUUCCUAAUGGGAAGUAAGAUCGAGGGCGUGAAAGAAAAAUUCCUUUUUAGUAAAAUUUCACUGCUUGUGCAUUGUCAUCAGUUUACACGCGGCUGCCUUUAAACUAACCUUAUUUUAUUCGGUCCUGUUUUGCAGGAGCAGUUAAAGUUACCAUCUUCGCAAACAUAAUCUGGCUGUUGUUAACAAUCGUACUUCAAUUUACUUUGCCUCCUCUACCAAGCUUCAUUUUGGUGAAUUCUGUUGCCGUGCUUUUUAUGAUUGUCCCUCCUGUCAAUUAUGUUAGAGCCCUACUCGCUAUUCGUCGUCAUAACGCUCAGUUAGGUGAUGCAGUUACGCUCCAGAUGUCAAUAGUAUUGCAGCGCGAGAAGAGAGUUGCACUUGACAUGUGCAUUGUCGCCGGCUUGUUGUUCACCUCUCUGUCACCAGGUCUUUCCAUGUCAACUGUUCAAAAGCGAUAUCCUCGACUACACUCCAUUCUGCUCCCGUGGAGUUUGACAAUGUCGUUUAUUCCGUCCGCUGCGAAUCCACUGAUUUACUUUGUACGUAAUAAGAACAUGAGAAAUGCCUUUAAAUCUAUUAUCAACAUGUAA